AUGGCUGACAUAGACAAGGAAAACAUAGGAACCAGGGUCGAAAAGCCUCCACUGAGGGGUGCAGACAAUGCUGUGCUAACAAACAUCGUGUCCCAAGGGCUCGUCACAUUUUGCAUCCUAAUAGCGUAUAUUAUUUUCAGAAAAAGAGCAGCAUGGCUCUAUUCGCCAAAUGUCAAGGAUAGGCCGUCACAUCCCUGCUACAAUUACGCAGGGUUUCUUAGUUGGAUCAUUCCGGUUGUGACUGUGAGCGACACGAUCCUUCUGUCGAUCAUAGGCUUGGAUGCAUUCAUGAUGCUGCAGACACUGAAGAUGCUUUACAGAAUUCUCUUUAUUCUGUCGUUCUUGGUCAUUCCGUCGCUGGGAUACUUAUUUUGGACGAACCAGCGGGAAAAUAUAGAAAACUCGGAUCAAUGGCUUGUCAGGCUCUCGCUGGGAAGUCUGGACCCCGAGUCUAGGAGCUAUGGGCUCAUUAUACCUGUCGUGUACCUUGUGUCUGCAUUCAUAAUGUAUUCCAUUUUCAUAUACUACAAGAGGUACAUUGUUCUUAGGCAAGCAUAUCUACGGAAUCCAGCAAUAAUGACGUCAAUAAUAACCUUGAAGAAGUUGUCCAACAACCUCGGAAGUGCAGAGAAGUCUACGGAAUAUGUGAAUCUCCCGAACAGAACACUGGUCCUCUCAAGGCUCCCAAGCUACGUGAACAACGAUGUGGAUCUUUUUGAGUUCAUCAACUCCCUUGGUGUUGGAGAGAUUGAUGAUUGUGUGCUUGUGUAUGAUACCAACACCUUGCAAAGCCUUUACAGUGAGAAGGACAGCUAUAUUUACCACAUUGAGAAGGAAAUUAACGAAAAGUUUGUAAGAAUGAAGGAAUGGUCUGAAAAGAAUCAAGAGAAGUGCAAAAAAAGUAUAAGCGGGUUCAGAGAAAAUAUCCUGAGGACGGUGGAGGAAGCAAAAAUAGAGGGCGUCUUUGACAAUACCCAAAAGAGACAGCUUAUUGUCCUAUUCCUUAAUGGAGCCAACCAGUUUGAAAACAAGAUUAAGGAGGAUAUCCCGAGGGUGAAUUUCUAUCUGGAAAAGCUAAACAAUGUGAAUAGAAGGAUCAGCAAGGAAAAAGAGGUUAUAAGGAACGAGGAGGCAAAGAACAAGGACAUCAGGAUCGUAGAGCUUGUCUCUCACAACAACACUCUCUUUCUGAGGGGAGACAUAUCGCAAGAUGCUAGCUUCUUUUCAUUUCACCAUAUACUCAACUACGGCAAGUACAAAAUGUAUUUUACUUUAGAUCUUCCUUCGAAGACAAAAAGAGGGUUUGUCACGUUCAAAGACCAAAGAAGCGCAAACAUAGUGAAGCAGUCGCAAAUAGGGUCAAGGAUAUUUUCUGUAGCAACGGAGGAUGCACCGGCACCGAACGAUGUCAUAUGGGAAAACAUAACAAACAGCGAGGUGGAUAACUACAUGUAUAGCGUCUUUGGAACUGUGUUCUUCAUACUCUUUAUUGUACUGUUCUCAUCCAUAGUUGCCAAUAUUGUCACUUUACUACUGAGCUCGGAGAUGUUUAAGGAGAACAGGCUGAUAUCCUCAUUUUUAGAUAGACAUGAAACAAUCAAAAGCUCUCUGCGGGGAAUUCUGUUUCCACUUAUAUACAACUCCAUGAUGGUGUUCGUUCCAACAAUCAUAACUGCACUUGUUAAUAUGGAGGGCAUCUACUCAUACUCGACUUUCCAGCAGAAGCUGAUGGACAAGCUUUCCAACUUCCUGUUCUUCAACGGUUUUGUAUCUGUGUUCUUUGCAUCGAGCUUCUACAGGCUUUUUGCGGAUGUUUUGUUCAAGAACGAAAAGAUAUACAAUGUCAUUAGGGCAUUCAGCAACGAGUCUCUGGAAUCGUCCGUGUUCUUUGCGAACACGAUCAUCCAAAGAACCCUGGUGGGAACAGCACUAACGCUAUUGAAGCCUGCGCCUCUGUUGAUAAACUACAUUAUCUUUCCGUUUACAGGGAGAAAGACAAGAAGAGAGAGGCUCGAUGCCGAGUUUUCUCCCCCGUUUGACUUCGGGACCAUAUUUCCAUCCUGCCUGACAGUCUUCUCGAUGUCCAUAGUCUAUACUGUCAUCUGUCCCCCCAUCCUCCUUCUUGGGGCAUUCUUCUACUUCUGCAACUACCUAGCGUUCAAAACUGAGUUUCUGUAUUCUUCCAGAAAUGAGUAUGAGUCUGGAGGCGGAUAUUGGGAUUCUGCAUGCCAGAACAUAAUGUUUUCACUCAUAUUUUUUCAAAUUGCAACGUUUGCAAAAAUGUCUUCGGACAAGAGGUUUUAUCUGUCCAUGCUGCUAUUCCCGAUUAUCCUUAUCACAUUUAUAUUCCGCAGCAGCCUUAGGAAGAUGUUCUACAAGUCCUGCCACUUUUAUCCGCUCAACAUCAAGGAGGAAGAGUAUCUGGAUGCAUUUACAGAGAAAGCCCUUGUGGAGAGGGUUAGUCUUCUCGAGAGUUGGUCUGAAAUGGGAUCUGGGCCGGACAUUGAUGUCCUUCCACUGACUGAGCUUGGGAUCAAGGAUUCAAAGGAGAUAGAGAAGGAGUCUUAUUACAACGACCCGAACACAGCCAAGUCAAGCAAGUCUCUUAUUCUCCCGGAAAACUUCUUUAAAACCAUUUGGUUCCUGUUGAACAACGAUAGAGACAAUUUGUUUGGUCUGAGAACAGAAUAA